ACCUAGAGCAGUUCGACAUUGGCAUGGUAUCGAUUGGUCUGCACAAGUAAACCGGAACGGAUAGACGAUUCUCAAUCACUUUCUUUGUUAAAAGUGAUAGGAUUUCCUAUCAGCUUUGAAAAGCUGCAAGAGGACAUCUUCAUGUUUAACAUGGUAAUGCAUUUUAAUAGCUUUUUUUCCGCUACCAAGACUAAUUGCGACCAAUCGUGUAGAGUUGGCUUUGUACCGCGACUAGGGUCGGGCAAGAAUGAUAAGAAUAGGUCACGGAACCCGGACAAUAAGACCUAUUGCCACCCUGUAAGUGAGGAUAGAUUCCUAACAGCAGGGGAGGUCUAGCGUCGUUGCCACCAUCAACCUGGAAGGUUUUGUAGAAUGACAACAUUCCUUGUCGCGUUUAGCUUUGAAGCUGAUAAGCGACAGCAUGUAAAAUGCCAAAUCGCCCAUGUUGUCUUUGACAUGACUUUGUCAAAGGGUAACGCAAAAUAAUACUGUUUACCGCUACAUAACGAUGUUUGGUAUACAAUCGGGCAUAAAGAAUUAUUGUCUAUAUAACAAACAAUCCUGAGGUCAAUGUCACGAAAACAACGCAUUUUACUGAGACAAAGAAACUCUGGAAUUCUACUGCACUAAAGGUGUUGAUCUUUAACAGAUUUGCAUUUGUUCAGAAAUGCAUGAGAAUUCUCGUCGGUCAAACACGUUCAAAAAUCGUUCGAUUUGUAACAAUUUUAUACAUCGUUAAAAUCGACACACUCAACCGGUACAUCUUGCCAACCAAUGCAUGCUCCAAACAUGUUCGUUCAGCAUUCGAUUGGCGGGACUUGUUGGCACCGGACUUAUCACUGGAGGGAGACAAAACCUGUCAUUUCACGAGAUGGUCAUCUUGGCCAGCACGGUUGAACUCAUGUCAUCCGUCGAAGCUGCCAUCAAACUCCCCCCCUGGGGGAGGAGAAGGUUAUGAGUAAUUUUGAUUGCCUUUUUCCUGCUCUCCUCGGAACUGGAGAACCAGUUUCUUGUGAUGCCCACUUUUGACGUAAGCUUGUGAGGUUUUUUGGCGAAUUUUAUUUUUAUUCUUUUUGUGUUGUGAAGGCAUUUUGGUGGUUGGAUACACACGGGCGGACGGGCCGAAAGGUGCCGAAUGUUUUUUCAAGACACGCGAAACUUCGAAUGAACUCACCACACCCCACCGGAGAUGGAGUUAGCAAACACAAGCCAUCUUAUUGCGACGGGUUGUGCAAAAAAAAAUAAAAAAAAACGGGGGGUGGUUGUUCCUUCGGGCGCGCGAAAGAAACCUAAGUAGAUCAAUCAUAAUUAUUGAAUUUGUUUUCUUCGACUCCUUUACCUUUCGUCGUUUGCACGUUACAAAACUUGUUAAUUUGCCACUAGUGUAAUCCUUUCUCAUUAUUCAUUUCUAGAGGCAGUAGAAAAAUAUAAUUCAUAACAAGUUUUGAGGCGACAUGUUUCUAAUUAGCGAACUCGAGUUAAAAUUGUCUGGAUCUUAGCCCAGCGUAGGCCAUCCAUCUCUUGCCUAUCAGCCUGAUUUUGCAGUCUCCAAAGUGCACAAAGAUCCACAUGGAAAAUAAAUGUUACGAUAAAACAUUGCAACUCAAAAUGGCACCGCUGAAAUCUGGAAUCCAUCCAUGUUCGUAGCAUAUGGUAAUGGUUAUUAUAGUCCCUCCCGACGGUUUAUUUUAUUAAUAGACGUAUAUCUCGAGAUCGAGGUGUAUGAUUGAUUUUUUUUGUUAGUUUAUUAUUCUUUUUAGAAGCAACUUUAUAUCGCUUCAUCGCGUACUGGUCUCCACUCUUGACCGAGUCACCGUGCACAUUGACCGGCUCAAGUAGCGUAAGCUGUGGCUCAAGAUGAAGGCAAAUAUUUACCGACCGUAUCAUCCUUACCGCCAUACGUUCAGGUGAUGCUUACCGCUUUACGGUACAACCGUAGAUAGAAUGACUUAAUGGCAAAUAUGUAACAUUCCUGACUACGCUUCGGAAUUCCAGCUGUAACCGUCGGUUUGCAUCCAUUUGCCUGCAGGGUCUUUGCACAUUUUAAUGUACCUUUUUAUUGGUGAACUGCAGUGAAAAAUCCCUCUACGCAACUUUAUGCUUGUUGGCGUGCAGCACAAGUAAUGAGCAAAUGUAGUAAAAUUAUGCAUUAAAUUAAAAACUAAUUUGAGAUCAGGUUAUGGAAUGCUUCGGGUCACCGAAAGAGGUGCGGGUUUUUGCAAUACGGCGAUUGCUAGAUCUGCUCCAGUUAAUGACGCAAAGGUAGAGCCUGGUUACUGGGAAUCAGCAUUCAAGUACCGCCAACGUAAUGGAGAAUUGUUUCCAUUCAACUACUCUGCUGAAUGAAUGGUAGUUCCACUACUGUGAACUGUGUUUAGCGUGUUAGUCAUGGACCGGGACCCGAAAGCAUAACCUAGAAUAUCUCCAUUCUAUUGUGUUUCGAUGCUUUGGUUUCGACAUAUCGAGUUGUAUUCAUCCCACAGCCAAUAGCAGGGGCGUUUUACCAUAAUCGGUCGGUUAGCCAGUGUGACAGAGUGGAAUUAGCUAUUUUCGAGUAUCCAAGACGUACGCCUGGGGUUUAUUUUACGCUACAGCAGAGCUUGGUCGUUAAAUUGUUCGGCGUACCUCGAAUCCUGUUCGAUCGUGUUUCAAUGGUAAACGUUUUGUGUGGGUGUCUUCAAACACCUUGGAGGCAUAGUGGCAGAUAUUCCUACCAGUUCCAUCUAGACACCUUCUGCGAGAGGAAUCAUAUGUUAAGAGCGAUUCGAGAAUUUACAAAACAAUCAAAUGGUGAAUAUUUUGUAAAGUGACAGUCUUAGAUUAAUGUUACCAAAACUAAACAUCUUAAGGCGAAUGUGUGAGAGGCGUGUAUUUUGAUAAUGAAACGAAUGUUUGAAUAAUGGGCCCAAUCAUCGAUAUCAAUCCAGCCUUAAUGGCAUUCUGAAUUCCUGCAUAUUCCGAGAAAUCUUCAGCUGAAUCUGACUGGACUGAGCUAGUGAACACACUUGGUUGAUAGUAGUUGAUUGUGUUAAUCUUUUCUACAACGUAAAAUAGUGAUUCCCUCAUCCAACAACUCUAGAAAUGGUAUAAAUCUUUCUAUACGUAUGAUUUCACCAGUUGCCGGUACUUGUUCAACAAGACGUCAUGUGCUUCCGUCCGUUCGUCCAUUAAUCAUAAGCAGUGUGUAUGUGUACUCGUAGAGUGUGGGCUCCAUGUAUCACCGUUGGUAAAGAAGAUUAAAUCAUCACCCAACAAAACCAAACGAGUGGAAGUGAAGCCUCGCCAACAACAAACCCAAGUUUGAAGUGUUCUCGCCGUAAAGCAUAUUGUUAAAAGUGAAAGUACUAAGAAUAAGAAACGCUCUGUGAUAUCCGAUCUUCAACGAUAUGUGUGUCGCGCUGUGAACAGUCUACGCCACGAUGAAUGCUCGGGAUACCAGUGGGACAGUGUUCAGCAAUCCUAUGGCACUGCAUCUUCAGCAUCAUAAUUUAGCCCGCUCACGAGAAUCAAGCAACGGUGCGGGAGAGACACAUAAGGGGCCAAGAAUAUCACCUCACAAUCCAUCCAUCAUGGGUCAAAGAAACGGAGAAAAUGGUGUCAAGCAUUCGACACCCACGGAAACGGAAGUGGGAACGGUCGGUGGUGUAGUGAUGCGUAAUCGUGUGAUCGAUUUGGACAAGAAUCGCAUCAAGUGCAAUCGGAACCGGAUCUGGUCAAGGCCCGCUAGUUUCUUGAGUUUCUUCAAACAAUCUCUUGGUUCGUCAAACGGUGCGACAGCAACAGGUGGAGGAAGUUCGUCGAAUAACACUCAAAAUACUCAUAAAUAUCCGAGGAGUAAUGUGGCUGCUUCGAAUAAAGUUCCGCACGUCCAGUCCAACGUAAUAUCGUACGGUGAAUCGACAGUGGACAGUACUGAUACGAAGGCAACACCGUCCGCAGCUGGCGGACAGCGGCUAGAUCUGAACAUGAUCCGCAAGCUGGAAGAGGAAAUUUAUAAACGAGGUCGCGAGCAACAGCCCGAUGCGGAGGUGAAAGAUUUUCACGAGUUUUAUUUCAACAAUCGAAGACAUUCAGGCGGUGAGCGGAAGACAUUUUCCAGCGACACAUCCGCCUUCAAUGGUGACAAUCAUCGGGCGGUUCUGCUCGUAGAUCCAAACGCUCUUGAACCGAUACUGUUGAAGCGCCCACUCAGUACAGAUGAAACGAGACUGAUGAUGAGCGAUGAGGCAGCGGACGGCAAUGCGGGCAAAGAUGCAGACCAACCGGUGUUGCAUCAUCAUGGAGGAGGUAACAAAUCGAUCAUCAUUGUCGAUAACUCCGAGUACUAUCCGGUGUUAAUGCGGUACGACAUCAACGCGGAGCAGAUCGACCGGCAGCAGCAACAGCAGCAGCAGUACCGUCGCAAUAGGACAGAAAUGCUUAAAAUAGACACUGAAGCACCUCCCGUGGCCCAGCACAAGAGCUCAUCACCCGGCACUGUUGCGCCAAUCAAGCGUCCGUCUGGGACGGACAUCGUAACGUCACCGACCGCUGGGGGUUUCCCCAUGAAAAGCGACGAAAAGAUGUCAUCGUUUACCUCCUCACUGUCGUCCACUUUAAGCGGAGCGACAUCAUCGAGCGUAGAGCUACCGACGACACCUCCCAUCCGGAGAGAGUCUUCCGAACAGAACGGCGGCACCAUUCCAAAGCAUCGUCCCCCGCUGAUGGUACCUUUCGUUCCGAUACCUGCCAGUACGGGUGGCAGCGGUGGUCGAGGGAAGAAACAGCUGCAACAGCGGACAGCGAAUCUAUUCCAACGCUUUCUUCAGCACCGCCGCAGUCUUAACCUUUCGGUGCGUCGUAAACGAUUCCGACCUACGCACGAAUGUGCUCAUUUCAAGAACACGGAAGUCCCACUAGGAAGAGCACACUGGGCGGAUGUCAUCCUCGGUAGUUCGGCCAGUAGCAAUGCCCGGUCCUCCGGUAACAAGAUGAAAUUUGAGUAUCUCAAACGUAUGGCCCGGUACGACUGUGAAGCUGGAAACGAACGGCACGCUAGUGGUCGGACAAGCGGAUCUACGCGCCGUCGUACGGUGAGUGAACCCGAUCUGGUGUCACGACAGAACUGGAAAAGCGAUGGCUUUGUUCAGCAUCUGCAGCAUCACCAACAUCGAACGCUGUACUGGAGCACCGGUGAUUUGGGCAGUCUUGGCCGAAUGAUGGAGUUGGGGAAGAACUUUGAAAACAUAUUCGACAGUACUAGCGACAACCUUUCCGCCCGACUGUCGGCCGCUGUGAUUUCCAGUUCUAGUUCCUCCUCGGUACCGCUAUCGGGUUCGGGUUCACUUUCUUCCUCUACAACUGCUUCCUCCAUGGGCAGCACCUCAAGUCAGCGAUUGCUGCAACGUCGUCUAGCGGCUGCCUUAGUUAAGUCUACGCAACAUCAUCAUCACCAUAACCACAACAACAACAGCAAGCCUCCAAUAUCGUGUUCAUCGAAUGGAAAUUCUGGUUCCUCGAAUUCCUCCUCAUCUCUGGCGGUAUCGUCCGGUCCGCCCAAUGGUGGCAACUUCCUGCGCAAAAAGUCCUCCUCCUUCCGGGGCGUACUCAGACGCUCAAACACCCCGGAUGUGGUCAAUACAUGGGUAUAUCGCAAAAGCUACGAUGGCUCUGGAAACGGUUUAGGAGAGCCCCCGUAUCACCGGGGGCACGGUAGUCCACACGCUUCGCCAUCGCGGUACUCCUACAACAACACUGCCAAAAGCCCACUGCAGCAUUGGCGUACGUCUAGUGCCGGUGCGUCCGACUUCAAACGCAACUCACGUCUUCGCAGUUCCGCGAACGCGGCCGUUCCCGGUGUGACCGGACAACAUCAUCACAACAUGGUCGAUCUGAAUGUACCCCGUGGCCAUUCGCCACACUUCAGUCCAUCCCGACAGACGACACAAACCGGCGACACGCAAACGCUGCACGUCUACCUGCCGAACCAUGGCUUCCGGAUGAUUCGCUUCGACGAAGCAUCGGAUGUGCGGCAAAUUAUCAACAUCAUCGUCGGAUGGUUGUCGCCCGGCCAAAAGCCAAACCCGCAGAGCUAUGCGCUACGGCUCCGCCACAUGCUUACCAAAGAGGUCCUCUGGAUGCCACCGGACACGUCGAUGUCACAGGUGAUGGCCCACAUCUUUAACCCAUCGUGCAGCAAUGCCGAUUGCCCGAACGUGGACAAAAGCACGAUCGCGAAGCGUAUGCAGCAGAAGACGAGCGGUGCGGUCGGACAUGCGAACAGCGUGUGGAAGGCGGAACUGCGCGUCCGCUACAUACCGAAAAACUUGAAGGAGCUGUACGAGCGCGAUCGCACCACGUGUCACUUUUACUUCGAUCAGGUCAAGCAGGACUACAUCCAGUCGAACGUGCCGAACAUUGAUCCGGAGAUCGCGAUUCAGCUGUGCUGCCUCGGUAUACGGCACUACUACAAAGACACUAACCAUACCUCGAACGACCGGAAGCAGCAUCUCGACUACAUCGAGAAGGAGAUGGGCUUCGGCAACUUCAUACCGAAAUCUGUGAUAGAUACCAUUAAACAGAAGAAUCUGAAAAAGCAAAUCCAGGCUGGCUACAAGAAGGUGUACAGCUACAGCGAGAUGGAGUACAUGCUCAAGUUUUUCGAUCUCCUUCGCACACAGUACACCUUCGACCAGGAACAGUUUAACGUGCAGCUGAGCAGCAGCUGGAACAUCCGUGUCGAUCUCAUCAUCGGACCACACGUCGGUAUCUCGUACUCGGUUAACCCGCAAGCGCCACCGACAAAGGUAACCGAUUUCGAGAGUAUCGAGCGCAUCACUACCAGUAUUCUGCCGACGUCACUCACUAAAAGUGAUCACCAAGGGCUCUCGGGAAGUGGUAAAGGUUUGAAGGGGAAAGAUCAACCUGAUUUGACGAGCUCCUGUGGAAGUAACUCGUCAACCGGUGAUGGUGACAAGAGCAAGAAAGACGGUAAGAAAGGUUCGUCCACUAGUUCCGCUAGCAGUCAGUGUGCGUGCGGAGAUAUUAAAACUCAGCUUCGUAUCCGUGUUAGCGGCAACAGUGAGGAUCUGGCGAUCACAUGUGAUGGCAUUAAGACUUCCGAAAGUAUAGCCGAUCUAGUCGAUGGUUACUGUAGAUUAUUUAACAAUAACGAUAACAGUCUGUGGGAUCGUACUGUUGUAUCAAAGGUGGGAGGUGUAGGUUCUGCCACACCUCCAACCAGUAACAGUGCGACGAAUUCGCUUGAAAAGAGCCAGCUCAAGAAAAGUCUCACAGAGUCGCAGACAUCUUCCUGCGAUCGGCACGGCUCACGAUCGUCUAGUGCGGAUCGUCUCAAUGGUGGCAACAAUGAGCAAUCCGAUAUGAGCACCUCAAGUCUGCAAGGUGGUAGCCAGCAGCAGCCACCAAAACCAACUCUCAACGAGGAUUACGCGGAGCUUGGAAUGUGUGAUGAGGAGGGUGACUACUCUACACCGGCCGCACGCGAUUACGAGCUCGAUCGGUCGCAAAUAACGCUCAACGAGAUUAUCGGUGUGGGUCAGUUCGGGGAUGUGCACAUCGGCACCUGCCGGUUGCCUAACAAAUCCACCUUAGUUAGCAAGCUGAAUCAAUCGCUGACGUCCGAGUUCGACGAGUACUCACAGAUGGUGAUGGAUAAUGGUAAUGCGGACGCGCAGAAGACUGGUAUCAUUCAGGUGGCGGUGAAGACGUGCAAACCGGAUGCAGACACAACCACGUCCGAGAAGUUCCUGCAAGAAGCAUAUAUUAUGAAGAAAUUUGAGCAUCCCCACAUUAUCAAGCUGAUCGGUAUAUCCAGUGGCCCGCCGAUUUGGAUCGUCAUGGAGUUGGCCCGUCACGGGGAACUGCGAGCGUAUUUAAAGAAGAAUGGUCCCAAACUUAAGCUUGGUACACUGCUGCUCUACUCCUACCAACUAUCGACGGCGCUCAGUUAUCUGGAAUCGAAGAAAUUCGUACACCGUGAUAUUGCCGCCCGCAACGUUCUGGUCAGCUCUCCCACUUGUAUAAAGCUUGCCGAUUUUGGACUAUCAAGAUGGGUUGAAGAUCAAUCGUACUACACUUCCACCAAAGGUAUGCUUCCGAUCAAGUGGAUGGCACCGGAAUCGAUAAACUUUCGCCGUUUUACAACCGCUAGCGAUGUGUGGAUGUUUGGUGUUUGCACGUGGGAAAUACUCAUGCUUGGCAUAAAACCAUUCCAAGGUGUUAAGAAUUGUGAUGUUAUCGGCAAGCUGGAGAACGGUGAACGUCUUCCACUGCCGCCGAACUGUCCGCCUCGGCUUUAUUCGCUGAUGUCACAGUGCUGGUCGCUGGAACCGCUAAAAAGGCCCAACUUUAAAAGCGUCAAGGAAACACUCUAUGAAAUUCUGAUGGAAGAACGACAUAGCGAUUGUGAAACGAUGCGUCGGGAGAAUCGACGUGUAGCAGCGAUGUCUUGGGGUGCUGGAGAUGAUAUGGCACCACCCAAGCCUGCUCGAGGACCUACAAUGGGCGGCGACGGUCCCCUUGUGCCGGGUGCACCCCAAACGUACAUCGUUGCCCGCGAUCCAACCGUGCUGGCAGCACUGAUGCGCGAAAACGAGCAGCGGGGCAUCAAUCCGUCGUCCUACACGACACCGGCCUCGCAGCAACAGCAGCACCAAACGCAACAACCGUACUACCCGCAGGGUAAUUCGAUCGUGACCUAUCAGCAGUAUCAUGCGCAGCAGCAACAGCAACAGGUCCUUGCCGCUGAAUACUAUCAACAUCAACAGCAUCAACAACAUCAACAGCAGCAACAGUAUGUUAUGCAGCAAUCUCAGCCACAACAAGUGGCCGGCAAUUAUAUUGCGUACAGUGGUUCACCGGUGCAGAAUAUUCCGCCCAGUGGCGCACAGGCAUAUUCGCAGCAAGCAGCAUUCGUCAAAUCACCCCAGCAGGAAGAUCAACCCGGUGGUGCCAAGUCACGCAGUCUCGAGCGAAACGUUGGACAAAACAUAGUGUCCGCGUAUGCGGCACGCAUCAACUCGCUGGAACGAACGCGCCAGAUGAGCAUGGAGUACGGUAGCACCGUGAAGGCGAUGCGUUCCAACUCGCUGACUAGACAGUACAGUGGUGGUAACCAGUCGGAUCUUUACCCAGGCGUUGGGCAUGGUGUACGCUCGUCCAGCCUGGAACGAGGCGCCCAGAUGGUGAACGCUUCCAGUGUCGGCGGCAAUGGUGCAGGAGGCUUUAUGAAUCGUAUGGGUAGCCUCGAGCGCAAUUCACAGUCACCAUCCCAAUCGAUCUUUCUCAACUCGAUGAAGGGUGGCAGUUUGGAGCGGAACCAGUCGGCGGCAAUAGUGAACGAUAUGAUGAACAGCAAGAUUGCCUACAAGGGUGGAAGUCUGGAGCGCAACCAGCACAUACUGCUGACCCGUUCCGGAUCGGCAGUUGGAAGUUUGGAGCGCAAUAUGCCCUUCCAGAACUAUCGCAGCCCGGUCGCGGCUGCACCGAAAGAGCAGGAACCGUUCCAGGAGGAAAUUUACGACUUUGGCGGAGUGAAUGUAAAAUCUUGCGCCUCGAUCGCGCUGAAGAAGAGUGUCGAGAAAGGAAUGCUACCGCCGAGUUCGUUGGCCGUCUCGCCCGGUGUGCCUCCAAAUGCUGGUGCCAAUUUUGCCCUGCCGCCACCAUACAGUUCGGCCAGCAAGCAACAACAGGCGGCUGCCAAUCAACAGCAGCAACAACUGCAAGGUACACCACAGCGAGCUAUCUGGGGCGGUUCGACCGGUGGUAAUGUUGGAAUGCAUCAGCAACUGUACAUGCAACAGUCACAACAGGUACAGCCGGGAAUGGGUGCAGGACCGAUUGGACCGAUCAUCGGGAUUGCUUCCUCCCAGCAGGUUCAGAUACCGAUGAAGAUCUCCCACAGCCAACCGGUACAGGCUCAUCAGGUGCAACCGGUACAAGCACAAACGGUACAGCAGCUAGCACCAUCGUUAGUGCAAUCGGUUCAACAACAGCAACAUCAACAAAUGAUCGAUCAUCAACAACAACAGCAACAACAACAACAACCAGCGCAGUUGCAGGAAACACAGCAACAAUUAGAGGAGAAACUUCGCAAACAGCAGCAGGAAAGUGAAAUCGAUUCCAAAUGGUUACAGCAAGAGGAGAACAAUCUCAAGAAACGGUUGAGUUUGAUUACUGCCAAUACCGCCAGCAUGUCGCUCGAUCAACAGUCGGCGGGACCACUGAUGGAAGGCAACACACCACCCAUCAAUGGUGGUGGUUCAUCACUUUCCGGUAGCUACCAUUCACAGCAAAGUCCACACUUUUCCCCACAAAACACCAUGUCCGGACCGCAGAGCUUGGGUGAUCAUUAUCCCACCACACCAAACACGAGUGACUCGAGACCACAUACACCAGGAUCCGGCGGCGGUGGUGGUGGUGGUGGUGGUAUGAUUAAAUCGAAGAGCUCCUCCAUGGAACGCUGCACGACUCCACAGUCGAGUGAUGAGAAGUUUGCGGUGAAAAAGGUAGAACCGACCAAAACGAUGCCACUCGAUCGUACGAACGAUAUGGUGUACAACGCCACGACUAGUGUGGUGAAAUCCAUCAUGGCACUCAGUCAGGGCGUGGAUCGAGCACAAGCGGCCGAAUAUUUGAAUCUGGUGCGAAACGUUGGGUUUGAAUUGCGCGAUUUGCUCGGUGCGGUUGAUCAGCUAUCCGACAGCUUUCCGCCACAGCGCUACAAAGAGGUAGAGAUGGCACACAAAGUAUUAUCCAAAGACAUGUAUGAACUAGUUACAGCCAUGCGGCUCGCACAACAAUACAGCGAAACGACACUAGAUGCCGAAUAUCGGAAAAGCAUGCUGUCAGCGGCUCACGUACUUGCAAUGGAUGCCAAAAAUCUGCUCGACGUCGUCGACUCCAUUCGCGUACGAUACCCGAACCUCUUCCCACAGCAACCGAGCGCACCGUCAAGUCCAACGCAGCGGCAACAGGGUAGCGGUAACGCAUCCACAGUCAGCUCCGCAGUCCAUCCGUCCAAUACACCCCAAAUGUUUGCCCAGCAGCAGCAGCAGCAGCAGCAACAUUCGUUCGAUCAAUCCCAACUGCUGAUGAUGGGCGAAUGUUAUCAAAAUCUUCAACCAAAGCAACCGAUGCUGGCGCACAGUUCGCCGCCAACGUCGCUUACACAUUCCUACGAAAGUUCCGCACCGACGAUGGUCAUGGGCAAUGCCGGUCAGCCGGGAAUAGCAACGAUUUCAUCGUACCAACAGAGCGGUAUCUACGAUAAUGAGUGUAUUAUUAGCAGCCAGCAACAAUCCGCCGACGGUGGUAAGCUGAAGAAACCUCUCAUUGCCGCAAAACCACCAUCGGUUGUGGCGAUGGCUUCGGUUAAGCUAAAACCAGUAGCAUCGGUACCGAUAGAUGUGCCCGACUCGGCCGCUGGCAGUGGUGGUGAGCUGUAUUCGAACGCAUCAUCCGUAACGUCCCAAAGCCCAAACGGAUCCGGCUCGCUAACCGGUGCAGACAUCAAACUUCCCGACCCGGUUUCGUGUACGAUUGUGCAGGAAAAUUUGCUUGCCGCCAACAAUCAGAAGGUGAUGGCCACGAAUAAGCUAGGCGGUUAGAUGAUCGAACUUCUGUCGGUCAAUAUUUCUUAUACUCAGCUUCGUUUUUUUCUUCGCCUUCAACGCGAUACUGAAUGCAACGGUGCGGUUCAGGAUCUCGCUUUUCUUGAAAUAAAAAUAGCAAAAUGAACGUUUGCAAAGGGAGUAUAAGGCUGGAGGACGACAAGAAGGGAAGUAACGUUAGGAAGGAACCGCUAUUUACUGUCAUAUAAUGUACUUGAAGAUGUAUGAAUUGCUUUGUAAGAUGAUAGCAUCUUAUUGAACGAGUCACUAGGAUGGAUCUAUAAUCGAAUAAGCGAAGGUGAACAGACGCAAAGGUAAGCAGUAGGAUGUAUAGUGCUGUUAAUGUCCCGGCAAACGAUGCAAUAGAGAGCGAAAGAGAAUUGAGUCAUUGUUUCGUACUCGGUUGCGAUUCAAGGUUCUGCUCGCGUCUAGUACUGCACCAAACUACUAUGCGUGCGCAACUAUAUGCUAGAUUUAAAGCAUAAUUUUAUGUUAUUGUACUUCGGAAAAAAGGCAUAUUUCGUGUAACUAUCGUUGCUUCGUGCAGCAGUAUCGUUGAUGACCAUGAUAAUGAGACAAAAGUGAAGGUUUUUUUUGUUUCUCUGAUGAAUAAAAAUGAGAUGAGUGAUGAAGACAUAUGGCGUUUGGUCACGAAACGUGCUUCUAACAUCACAGUGUACGGAAUAGUUUUUGCUUGCAAUUUUGUAUCGAGGCUUUUUGGUGCAUUUUAGGGUUGAUAAAAUUAGUUUUUGCAUUAAUUUUGCGCACAAGAAACGAAAGCAUUCCUUCCACCUCCUUAAUGGACCAUAUUUGCAAAAGGAAUUGUUUCCGCAUAACUAACAACCACCAGAAAACAAGAUGAGACUAAUACAUAAAACAAUCAGCAAUAUAAUACGAGCACAGUGAAGGUGGUGUAAUAGUAAUAGCAGAUUUUUUACCAAAAAAAAAACUUUUCCAACCUACAACCAAGGACGGGGAAUGACGGAGGUUUUUUAGUUAAAUUUUCUUUUUCCUCUUAUCAAAUUUUCUCUAUAUCCUAGCUAAGAUUUUGAGAAAAAACUUUACACAGUGUAAGUAGUGGAAAGCAUAUUGCUAGUGAAAAGGAAUUGGUUUGUGUGAUUUUAAUUUAAAACAUUUCGUUUGUUCGCUGCUUUGUCGCUUCCCAUAACUAAUCCCAUACGUAAACAACCAUUAUGCAUUGUUUGUCUUUAAAUUGGUAGUCUAAAUUAGUACAUUAAUUAACAGCCUUUAAUGAAAAGGGGUUUAAAAAGGAACUAAUUUGUCUAGAAACAUUCCAACAAAAUGUAUGUAAAUUUACUUUAACAAGUUAAAGUGUGUAUGUGUGUGAGUGUUAUUUGGUUUUGUGUCACAUAUUCGCUAUACUAACUAAUACAACUAUCUACUCAUCUAAAGUUGUUAACAUCGAUCAAGCUUUUCCGCGUACUAAACAAAUACGUCAAAAAUACGAUCAAUCGGGGAAAAUUUAUAACAUUCCAACGGUUUUGAUAAACCAAAAAAAAAACGUUCACGACUAGUAAAUGGCUGCUGAAUGCCGAAAGCCAAACAUACAUGCUGUGUGCUUUGCCGGUUUACUGCAUUUAAUGACGCUUUGGGCAUAGAAAAUGCAUCGCAAUAGCUUGAUCUCGAAACUAUCUUAAAAUCUCUUCAUUGAAAGGAUGGUAAACCGUACUGUAUAUAGAAUGCUAAAGAGGAAUCAAAUGGGAAGAGAAACACAUUAUAUGCUAUGCAAAUACAAUUCGCGUGUGUGUGUGUUGUAUUGCAUCCAAAACAAUAUAAACGUACACUAUCUUUGUGCGAUUUUAUUAUUUCAUUCAGUUUUCUAUUUAUGUCCGGUGCUGCACACUUAAAAAAAAUCAAAACUACAUCAAUAGCAAACAAACAAACAAAAUCUCCACGAUACGGCUUAGUGAAAACAAUAACUAAACUGUUAAGUUAAACUUUAGAAUGGUCACUAAACCAAAUGGAAGUAGUACAUCGUAAUAAUCAAAAUACUAAAAAUGUCAUCCCACAUAAAGUAUAGCAAAGCCAACAGACAAAACUAACAAAAACAUUUACAUCGGACAUGAAUAAGUAUUAACACACAGAAGAAAACCAAAUGACGAACGAGAACACAGAAAGCGAUAAUGCAUGCAUCUGACAUGGAAGCAUGUCUUCAUGACCUCUAACAUCCCUUUUUGUAGACCGCAGAUUGAUGAAUUAAUCCUGGAUAAUAAAAAAAACACACAUAAAACAUA